GCCCACAAAAUAUAAGUAAAAUAACACAUUUGGACCCCAAUCUAUCAGUUUAAAGUCACAAUACAUCUUGUAAAUAUUCAUCAUCGAUUUCGGAGAGCAUGCUCACCUGUACCUCAGCCUUCUUUCAGAGCCGUCCUUAUUCUGAAGAAAACACCCAAAGUAUUAAACCGGUUGGAACUGGUACAUGUUCGCCAUAUGCCUAUGGCCUAUCUAGCCAAGAAUCAAUUUGUUUUUGUUUCACUGAAUAUGAUAAAUAGAAGCAAAAGCUGAUAUGUCAUCUGCAUUAUUUGAGGAAAGUAACACCAUACUUAAUGCUGUUGCUUCAUUUUUGGGGAGACAACAUCAUGAGAAUAAGCACCAGGAUCAAAAUAUAUCAUCAAAUACUCCUCUUCUUGUUUUGACAAAUAUGCCUGGAAAGGAUUCAUUGCUUGCUAAUGUUAUAAUGGGGAAACUACAUGACAAAAGUAGAACUUUAAAUAACACAGAAGCCACAAGUUUUGAGCAAGUGCAUGCCUUAGCUACAGCAAAUUUAGUUGCAACAACACAACAGAUCAUAGCCAAACAGUUGGAAGAAGAAGAUUCUCUUUCUUGUCAGCAGCCUAAAUUAAAUUCUCAGUUUAGAAAGCAGAAAGUUUUACAGGGAGUGGCUGAACCUAAAGUUAAAAAGAACACAAAGCCAGCACCAGGAAAUAAAUUGUCAGGUAAAUCUGAGAACACUGCUGAUGCUGGAACGCUUCAGAAGGGAAUUGAGCCAAAGAUUUUAGUGUGCUCGUUUGAAGGUUGCAGUAGAAAGUUUUCUGGGCCCAAUCAUCUGAAGUACCACAAGCUCACUCACACCAAUAAUAGACAAUUUAAGUGUCCAGAUGAAUCCUGUGGCAAAAAUUUUUUUACUGCUCAGCAACUCAAAGUUCAUCUCAGGACACACACUGGAGAAAAACCUUUUAAAUGCAAUCAUCAGGGCUGUAAUAAAACAUUCACGACUGUUGGAAAUUUUAAGAAUCAUCUGCGUAUUCAUACUGGUGAACAGCCAUAUGUUUGUGAUGUUGCAAACUGCAAUAAAAGAUUUACAGAACUCUCCAGCUUAAGGAAGCAUGAGUUAACACAUUCAGGAGAUAAACCAUUUGAAUGUGAUAUAUGUGGUAAAAAAUUUACCCAGAGUAGCAGUAGGAGGCAACAUUUAUUGCGCCAUCAAUUGAGUGAUGAAAUUAAAAAUAGCUAUAGACAGAAUGCUAAAAGAAAUGAAGAAAAAGAGGAAGACCAAGUAAUGAUCAAGAAAGACUUAGAUGAUAAAAAUAUUCAGAAUUUACAAGAAGAAACUCAUGCUCUAGAAGUGACCUGUUCACCUCAAGUCCUUGUGCUAAACAGCGGUUAUCAAGUAGCUGUAACAUCCCAGUCAGUUGUACCAGUACAGCAAAUGGAUAGUUCAGAUAACCUCUCAUUUUCUCAUACGCUGUUGCAUUCUGAUGGUCUUGAUGACAAAGCGGAGGAGCUCAUAAUUCUUUCUGAGGCACCAAUAUAUCAACCCAAUGAUAACCAUAGUGAUAUUGUUUACACAUCAGAUAUGUUAGAUCAUGAAGAAGUCACUCACACCGGUUAUGUUUCUUCCCAAGUGGAUUACUCUGCCAUAUCUCACACUAACUUUUCUAAUCAUGAAGAGAUUAUCAACUCUGAUGACUUUAAUUCUCAAGACAUAACACAUCCUGAACAUUAUGCUGGUAAUAAUGAUGACAUUGCCAUCACUGAAUAUGUAACUACAGACUGUAUUUCUAACUACACAGGAUCCAGGGAGUUGGCACAUACAUAUUUGGACUCUGAAGGAAAUAUUGUUCAUACUAGUUUUAUUGGUGCUGAGGAAAUAGCUGUUGCACAUUAUGCAGACAGUCCAGAUGAUAAAAACUCAAUCAGUGUUGAUGUUGUUUCCUUAUUAGAUAUUUCUAAGGAGAAUGCUAAACCUGACAUUGUGAUUAAGAAAGAAGUUUUAAAUUCUACUGGAAUUUCUAGUUUCCCUGAACAUUCCUCAUCGAGUUCAGUAAGUAGCCAUUCUACUGAUACAUUGAGGCAGUCAGACAGAGAAAUUCACAUGGAUCCUAUGAUGGAAUGUGAUGAAGAGCCUGAAAAAACUAAACCUGACAUUGUGAUUAAGGAAGAAGUUUUAGAUUCUACUGGAAUUUCUAGUUUCUCUGAACAUUCCUCAAAUAUUUCAUAUUUGAGUUCCUCAUCAGGUUCAGUAAGUAGCCAUUCUACUGAUACAUUGAGGCAGUCAGACAUAGAAAUUCACAUGGAUCCUAUGAUGGAAUGUGAUGAGGAGCCUGAAAAAAGUUAAAGUUUUGUUCUUGUUGCCUUUCAUAAAAAUUGUGCGUUUUUAAAUAUAUUUAAUACUCUUAAAAAUGUAAUAAAAACAUGUUGAUACUUGCAUACAAGCAGGCAG